CUCAAAUCAUUUCAAAUAAUCAUGGCGAUAAUUGAAGAUCUCCGCCUUCAGCUCGAAAAACUUCCCUAUCCCGUUGCUGACUGCACGGGGAAAACCAUUGUCGUUGUCGGGUCGAAUAUUGGUAUGGGAAAAGAAGCCGUCAGGCACUUUGCAAGGUUAAAUGCUUCGAAAAUCAUUGUCGCCGUGCGCUCGGUUUCAAAAGGAGAAGAAGCCAAAGCCGAUAUCGAAUCAACGACUGGACAGAGAGGUGUUCUUGAGGUAUGGGAAUUGGAUUUGGCUCGUUAUGCCUCAGUUCAAGCUUUUGCUGCCAGACUAGCAACCUUGCCCCGUGUUGAUGCGGUAGUUGCCAAUGCAAGCAUUGCAAAGCAUAAAUUUGAAUUGUUUGAAGGCAAUGAAAGCCAAAUAACGGUCAACGUUAUCAGCAAUUUCCUACUUAUCUUGCUAGUGCUACCGAUAUUGCGAAAGUCUGCUGCGACAUGGAACAUUGCACCAGUCAUCACUGUUGUUAGCUCGGACAUCCACUCCUGGACCCAGUUUCCCGAAUGGAAGGCUCCAAAUACACUUGCUAAGUUGAAUGAUGAGAAGACUUCAAAUAUGCCAGAUAGGUAUCCCGUUUCCAAGCUUAUUCAGAUUUUCGCCACUCGCGAGAUUGCUGCGAAAAUAGCGGACGAGAAACCUAAAGUUGUUCUUAACGUUAUCAGUCCUGGCUUGACAAAAACUGCUCUGACACGAGAUGCCACUGGAAUGACGAGGGUUGCUAUGGCCAUUUCGAAGUUUUUGAUGGGGAGGACCAGUGAGGAGGGAAGUAGGACGCUUGUGCAUGCCGCCACGGCAGGGCCUGAAAGCCAUGGGCUUUACUUCGUUAAUUGCGAUCUCAAAAAAGGGCCCCUGUCAAACUUCGUUACGAGUGCUGAGGGCGAUGAAGCGCAGAAGAAGCUUUGGGGAGAAAUUCUUGCAAAGUUGGAAAUCAUUCAACCUGGAAUAAGUGCGAAUCUUUGA